CGGAGUUGCCAUUCCGACGCACAUCCCUCGCAGAAGAGCAACAGCUACGCGGAGUUGCCCAAAGUGGACUACACAGAUUCCUCUGCGGACAGAAGGCGACCUGAUACCCGGCUUUCAUAUCCUCUGCUCGGGGAGACCAGCAGCCGUGGGAUGCGCCUGGACAGAGGUUCGGUGAGGUUAAAGUCGGAUAAAGAAAUGAGACUGGAAGGGUGCAGACUGUAAGCAUCGCGUUCACAACUCCGGAGGAAUAACGGGACCUGAAUGAAUGUGAAAUAAAGCGUUCGGUUAUUUUGUUUUAUUAUUUUUUUAUACGGGGCGUAAAGACCCAUCCCCACAUCUGAAGACAUGAGAAUUGGGAGAGGAACACAAAGCUCGGCUGCGGUGCUCUGUGUUUGAGGCUCCAUCCAUCCGAAGGGUCCAGUCUGCACACCUUUAUUCAUGUUGCAGAAGCCUGUUUUAUGACAAUGGAUUACUUGCUGUGGGUGUGCAGCCUCGUUGUCCCCGUGGUGCUGGCUGUAGAAGAAACCCUUAUGGACAGUCGGUGGGCAACAACAGAGCUGGCAUGGACUACGUUCCCAGAGAGCGGGUGGGAGGAAGUGAGCGGCUACGACGACUCCAUGAGCCCCAUCAGAACCUACCAAGUGUGUAAUGUCCGCCAGCCCAGCCAGAACAACUGGCUGAGGACGGACUUUAUACCCCGCAAGGGCGUGCUGCGCGUCUACGUGGAGCUCAAGUUCUCCGUGCGCGACUGCGCCAGCAUCCCAAACAUCCCCGGCUCCUGCAAGGAGACCUUCAACCUGUUCUACUACGAGUCCGAGGGGGACGCAGCCACCGACAGCAGCCCCCUGUGGAGGGAGAACCCCUACGUGAAGGUGGAUACCAUCGCCCCGGAUGAGAGUUUCUCCCUCCUGGAGGCGGGUCGGAUCAACACUAAAGUGCGCAGCUUCGGCCCCCUCUCCAGGGCCGGCUUCUACCUGGCCUUCCAGGACCUUGGCGCCUGCAUGUCGCUCAUCUCCGUCAGGGUUUUCUUCAAGAAGUGCUCCACCACUAUUGCCAAUUUUGCCGUCUUCCCCGAGACCGCCACGGGGGCAGAAGCCACCUCCUUAGUGAUCGCCCCGGGGGCCUGCGUCAACAACGCCAUGGAGGUGUCCGUCCCCCUGAAGCUGUACUGCAACGGGGACGGAGAGUGGAUGGUCCCCGUGGGCUCCUGCACCUGCGUGGCCGGAUACGAACCAUCCUCGGACGGAACCCAGUGCCAGGCUUGCAUCCCUGGGACCUUCAAAUCCAAAUUCGGGGAGGGAUUCUGCACCCCCUGCCCAUCCAACAGUCGCACCAGUGCACGAGGAGCCAAUAUUUGCCCCUGCCAAAGUGGCUUCUACCGCGCUGACAGCGACCCCCCAGACUCCGCAUGCACCACGAUCCCCAAGGCGCCUCGCAACGUUAUAUCCAGCGUGAAUGAGACCUCGCUGUCCUUGGAGUGGGAGGAACCCGAGGACACGGGCGGGAGGAGCGACCUGGUCUAUAACGUGGUGUGCAAGAAGUGCCUGAGGGACCGCAGCCCCUGCACGCGCUGCGACGACAACGUGGACAUCGCCCCCCGCCGGCUGGGGCUGAGGCAGAGGAAGGUGGUGGUGAGGAACCUGCAGGCCCACACCCGCUAUAGCUUCGAGGUGCAGGCUGUCAACGGGGUCUCUGGGAAGAACCCCAUCCCACCCGUCUACUCCACGGUCAACAUCACCACCAACCAAGCGGCACCUUCAGCAGUGCCCACCGUCCAUCUGAUGCGCUCCACCUCGGACACUCUCAGCCUUUCGUGGCUGCCCCCUGAGAAACCCAACGGGGUCAUCCUCGACUACGAGAUUAAAUACCAUGAAAGGGGCCAGGCGAUGUCCCACACUGUAACAUCCCAGCACAGCUCUGCCAAGGUGGAGGGGCUGAGGGCCGGCUCGCCCUACGUGGUGCAGGUCAGAGCUCGCACUGUUGCCGGAUACGGACGCUACAGCAACCCCAUGGACUUCAGCACGAGCCUUCACAGUGACCCUCAGAAGUCGGUGCAGGACCAGCUGCCUCUCAUCGUCGGCUCGGCCUCCGCGGGUCUGGUGGUCAUUGUUGCGUUGGUGGUCAUUGCUGUGGUCUGCCUUAAGAAGCAGCGCAGCGGCUCGGAGCUGGAGUACACGGAGAAACUGCAGCAAUACAUUUCUCCGGGUGUCAAAGUCUACAUCGACCCGUUCACCUACGAGGACCCCAACGACGCCAUCCACGAGUUCGCCAAAGAGAUAGACAUCUCCUGCGUGAAAAUAGAAGAAGUCAUCGGUGCAGGUGAAUUUGGCGAGGUGUGCCGCGGACGUCUGAAGCAGGCGGGUCGCAGGGAGAUGGUGGUGGCCAUUAAGACGCUGAAAGCCGGCUACACCGAGCGGCAGAGGCGGGACUUCCUGGGCGAGGCCUCCAUCAUGGGCCAGUUCGACCACCCCAACGUGAUCCGGCUGGAGGGGGUCCUGACGCGGAGCUGCCCCGUCCUCAUCAUCACGGAGUUCAUGGAGAACGGAGCGCUCGACUCCUUCCUCAGGCUGAACGACGGGCGCUUCACCAUGACGCAGCUGGUGGGGAUGCUGCGUGGCAUCGCCGCGGGGAUGAAGUACCUGUCGGACAUGAACUACGUGCACCGAGACCUGGCCGCCCGCAACAUCCUGGUCAACAGCAACCUGGUCUGCAAGGUGUCCGACUUCGGGCUGUCCCGCUUCCUGGACGACACGUCAGCUGACGCCACUUACACCAGCUCCCUGGGAGGGAAGAUUCCUAUCCGGUGGACGGCGCCAGAGGCCAUCGCCUUCAGGAAGUUCACCUCCGCCAGUGACGUGUGGAGUUACGGCAUCGUCAUGUGGGAGGUGGUGUCCUAUGGGGAGCGGCCAUACUGGGACAUGAGCAACCAGGAUGUGAUGACGGCAGUAGAGCAGGACUACCGGCUGCCCCCCCCCAUGGACUGCCCCAUGGUGCUGCACCAGCUGAUGCUCGAGUGCUGGAUGAAGGAGAGGAACCUGCGGCCCAAGUUCUCCCGCAUCGUCAGCACCCUGGACAAGCUGCUCCGCAACGCCGCCAGCCUCAAGGUGGUGACCAGCACCUACUCAGGGGACCUGCUGCGGCUCGGAGGCACUCUGCCGGGACACAACAGGAAGAGUCCGGACAGCAGUCAGGAAAUCGUUCGGCAACAGAUGAGCCAAACUCUCCCCAUCCGAGUGUGAUCUGCUGCGAGAAGAAAACAGAAAACUACCUAAAACUCUAUCCUGAGGAGCCUGAUGUAAAAUAAAGAGAAGAUAAAAGAAGGAGGACCGUUUUGGAGAUGUCUUCUCAACUGGAGAUUUAAAGUCCGUUUAAAGAGAACUGUCCUUUGCAGUGUGUGUGUUCAUUACUUGACACUUUGUUGACAUAAAGCCAAACUUCCUAUUGCCCCCUCUCAGGUUGUGUUUGCAUGUCUGCAUGAGUUUUUAUGCUGGUUGGG